AUGGCAAAAGAGUUUGAUCCUGAAGAGUUCUACCACUUGUUAGAAGCAGCAGAAGGCCAUGCCAAGGAAGGACAAGGAAUUAAGUGCGACAUUCCUCGUUACAUUAUCAGCCAGCUGGGACUCACCAGGGAUCCCCUGGAGGAAAUGGCCCAGCUGAAUAGCUAUGACAGCCCAGACACUCCUGAGACAGAUGAUUCAGUCGAGAGCCGUGGAGCCUCUGUCCAGUCAAAGAAAACUCCAUCCGAAGAGGAGUUUGAAACUAUUAAACUGAUCAGUAAUGGUGCUUAUGGAGCGGUGUAUUUGGUGCGCCACAAGACCACCCGUCAACGUUUUGCCAUGAAGAAGAUCAACAAGCAGAACCUAAUUUUGAGAAACCAGAUCCAACAGGCUUUUGUUGAGAGAGAUAUCUUGACGUUUGCUGAGAACCCCUUUGUAGUCAGCAUGUUCUGCUCCUUCGAGACCAAGCGCCAUCUGUGCAUGGUUAUGGAGUACGUGGAAGGGGGUGACUGUGCGACACUUCUCAAGAACAUCGGUGCCCUACCUGUUGAUAUGGCGAGGAUGUAUUUUGCUGAGACUGUUCUAGCGUUGGAGUACCUACACAAUUAUGGGAUUGUUCACCGUGACCUAAAACCUGACAAUCUCCUGAUAACUUCCAUGGGUCACAUUAAACUUACAGACUUUGGACUGUCUAAAAUUGGAUUAAUGAGUCUUACAACUAACCUUUAUGAGGGACACAUUGAAAAGGAUACCAGGGAGUUUCUGGACAAGCAGGUCUGUGGGACUCCGGAAUACAUUGCCCCAGAAGUGAUCCUACGGCAGGGCUAUGGGAAGCCGGUGGACUGGUGGGCCAUGGGAGUCAUCCUGUACGAGUUUCUGGUUGGCUGCGUUCCUUUCUUUGGUGACACACCUGAGGAGCUGUUUGGACAAGUGAUCAGUGAUGAAAUUGCCUGGCCAGAAGGUGAUGAUGCACUGCCGCCAGAUGCCCAGGACCUCAUUUCUAAGCUCCUCCGCCAAAAUCCUCUGGAAAGAAUGGGGACAGGUAGUGCCUUUGAAGUGAAGCAGCAUCGGUUCUUUAAGGAUUUGGACUGGAAUGGAUUACUUCGGCAGAAAGCUGAAUUCAUCCCCCAGUUGGAGUCCGAGGAUGACACAAGCUAUUUUGACACCCGUUCCGAACGGUACCAACACCUGGAUUCAGAAGAGGAGGAGGACACUAAUGAUGAUGAUCAUGUGGAAAUUCGGCAGUUUUCCUCGUGCUCACCAAGGUUUAGCAAGGUGUACAGCAGCAUGGAACGCCUUUCCAUCCACGAAGAGAGGAAGACUCCACCACCGACUAAACGGAGUCUGAGUGAAGAAAAGGAUGACCGGCUGGACAGCCUGGGUGGCUUGAAGAGUCGGGACCGCAGCUGGGUGAUUGGGUCUCCUGAAAUACUGCGUAAGCGCCUGUCGAUGUCCGAAUCCUCGCACACAGAGAGUGACUCCAGCCCACCCCUGACCGUCCGCCGGCGCUGCUCGGGGCUCCUCGACAUGCCCCGCUUCGCCAUCUCUGCUGAGGACGAGGGAGCCGUGCUCAAAAGGCCUCAGUCAGAGGGGAUGCUGCUAUCGGCCGUGCAGUCACCGGUGCCCAUUCCAGAGCAGCCCGUGGAGCAUGAGCUGCAGCUGGAGAGCGAUGCUGGGCCCACCACCCCCUGCGUGGCUGUCAGCAGCACCACGACACUGGCAGCUGGGAGCACUGCAGACUUCUCUGAUCCACGCGCUCGCAGCAACAGCAACGAAGGCCCAGACUUCACCACUCCUAAAGCCAUCAGCGACUUGGCAGUGCGGCGCGCGCGGCACAGGUUGCUCUCCGGGGAGUCGGGCGAGAAACGCACCUCGAGACCAGUCAAUAAAGUGAUUAAAUCAGCAUCCGCCACUGCCUUGUCCCUCAUGAUUCCCUCAGAUCACCACACGUGUUCCCCAUUGGCUAGUCCAAUGUCACCUCAUUCUCUAUCCUCAAACCCAUCUUCGAGGGACUCCUCACCCAGCCGCGACUUUUCUCCUGCUAUCGCAAACCUGAAACCACCAAUCAUCAUCCAUCGGGCUGGAAAGAAAUACGGUUUCACUCUGCGUGCCAUUCGCGUCUAUAUGGGUGACAGUGAUAUCUACACUGUGCAUCACAUGGUCUGGCACGUGGAGGAAGGUGGUCCAGCGAACGAAGCAGGGCUGCGUGAAGGGGAUCUGAUAACCCACGUCAACGGGGAGCCGGUCCAUGGGCUGGUGCACACUGAGGUGGUGGAGCUGAUCCUGAAGAGUGGAAAUAAAGUGUCCAUCUCCACUACGCCAUUUGAAAACACAUCCAUCAAAGUUGGGCCAGCUCGAAAGGCCAGCUACAAAUCCAAGAUGGCACGUAGGAACAAGAAGAGCAAAACUAAGGAUGGUCAGGAAAGUAAGAAGAAGAGUUCUUUGCUGAGGAAGAUCACCAAACAGGCAUCACUGCUUCACACCAGCCGUAGUUUAUCUUCACUGAAUCGCUCUCUGUCUUCUGGAGAAAGUGUGCCUGGCUCUCCAACUCACAACCUGUCGCCCCGGUCACCCACACAGAGCUAUAGAUCCACUCCUGAGUCUGUACAUUCAGUUGGUGGCAAUUCUUCCCAGAGCAGCUCUCCUAGUUCCAGUGUUCCCAAUUCUCCAGCCAGCUCUGGGCACAUCCGACCAAGUUCACUGCAUGGACUGGCACCAAAGCUUCAAAGGCAGUACAGAUCUCCAAGACGUAAGUCUGCAGGAAAUAUCCCUCUGUCACCACUAGCUCACACUCCAUCACCAACCCCACAGUCCACAUCACCACAGCGCUCCCCAUCUCCUUUACCAGGACACUCGAUUGGCAGCUCCAGUAUUAUUCAGUCUUUUCCAGUAAAACUACACUCCUCUCCACCACUGGUGAGACAGAUUUCUCGCCCCAAAAGUGCUGAGCCCCCUCGAUCUCCUUUGCUAAAGAGAGUGCAGUCAGCUGAGAAACUAGCUGCCUCACUGUCCUCUUCUGAGAAGAAGCUGACGUCCUCACGGAAGCACAGCUUGGAUAUCUCUCACUCUGAGUUCAAGAAGGAGAUGCUACAGAGGGAUCCGAGUCUACAGAGCUUACAGGAAUCUGUGAAUGAAACAACAGGUGGCAAACUCGGGCUAGCGGAAAAAGGGAUGUUGCAGAAGCCAGGUUCCCGAAAGUUGGGUGCAAUCCGACAGGACAGAGUGGAGAGAAGGGAGUCUCUGCAGAAGCAGGAGGCCAUAAGAGAAGUAGAUUCUUCUGAAGAUGAAACAGACGAUGGUUCGGAGGAUAGUCAGGAUGGAAGAAGAUUGGACAAGCCCCCAGAUAGCGGAGACCAAGGCUCAGAUUCUUAUAAUGGGGAUAAUAAGUUUUCCUCUAAAUUGGAAAGCAAGGAUAGUAUGGAAGAUGAUGCCUUUCUACCUGAAGAUCCAAAAAGUACGGAAGAUUUGCAGAAAGGAAACAGUCAACAAACCAAGGCUGUUUCUGAGCUGCUGCAAGUUGGUGUGCACCCUUCCCCAUCAGAGGUUCUCCCACGAACCUCUCCAGAAAACGGAGCUGGUUCAGAAAAGCCAUUCCUAAGGCCAGAAACCACUUCAAAGGAGCAUAAAUUGGUAGAAAACAAAACUUUUGAGCAUUUUGGUCCAAAAGACAAAUCUUCUGAAGCAGUCAGAGAUCUAGAGGGAACUACCAGUACUCAAAAACCAGUGGACUGCACAGAAAGUAUAAAAUGCCCAUCUGUCAAACUCCCUGAGCUUGUACAGGUUGACUCUGCAGGGGCCUCGUGUGGUAAAUUUGACCUGAAAGACCCCUUGCUGUCAGAAAUCAGUCAGAAAACCCAAGAUCCCAAACCUCUGCUAGCACUUUCAUCUUGUUGCACAGCAAGUGGGAGCUCUCCUUGUUCAAUAAGCCCUGCAGAUCGUGGUGAGAAGGACCACAAGGGCACACUUCCAUCUGCAGAACAGGACAGCACCUCAUUUCUGCAUCCUGUAAGUGAAACAUCUGAAAAAAGUCCCAGCUCAUCCCAGGCAGAGAGUGCUCCAUCUGCCAGCAAAGCGAGCCUGGCCAUGGCAGCAGGCACCGUGACCUCCACGCUGCUCGUCCCCUGCGCUAUCGAGAGGGCACUCUCGGUGUCUCAGCUGGUGCCGUUGGCACAGAGCGUUUUGGGCCCCUUAAAGCUCAGUAUGGCUGGUUCUGGAGAGAUGGAAAAGAGAAAGGAUUUCCCCCAUUUGGGUGCCUCGUGUAAAGAAGAGAGAGAUGGGAAGCAAAAAAAGCAGGAAGCUUCACAAGCAGGAGCGUGCCAGGAGAAGGCCAAACCAUCCAGUGCCGAUGGUUUGACCACGAGGAGUGCAUCCUGCACAGAGUCACUAAGCUCAGCUAAACCUUGGGAGGCAACGUGUCCCGUGGUGGCCAAAAAAGAGGCAAUGUCCUGCAGCACUAAAGCAUCGGAAGCACUGGCAGGUAGCGGCAAAGUGGCCCCAGCGAAGGAGCUGCCGCAUGCUCUGGGACAAGCAGCUCUGAGAGCCUCUCCUGUGCCAGAUGGCAGCACCAGGCCCUGCAAAGAAGGGACUCUCACGCCGGCGAGAGGCAGAGAGGCUGGAAGUCAGCUAAAAACACAGGACUUUCCCCUGUCACAUGAUGGUGCUGUAAAGAAAACAUAGCAGCAUCCCCGGUACACAUGGACUGGAGCGUUCUGCAUUCAAAAUAGAGACUGCAUGUUUGAAUUUUGUAAUAUACACUAAUAUAAAAUAGAACUUGUGUACAUCUAUUUUUGGGAGGGUUUUUUUCAUACUGUUUUUUGUGUUUUUUCAUCCUUGCUAUUCUAUUUUUGUACACAGUAAUGCUUGCUGUUUGAGGUCUCUUUAGAACAGGGUAUCGUUAAAGCAGGGCUAAAGAAACAGUUUGCUGGUUUUCCCCUCCUGCCCUUUCAUUUUGCCUUGUUGUGCUCUUCCUUCCAAUUCUGCCUUGAAGUCCCCAAAAUUCUGAACACAAAAGAAGGCAGCUUACUUCAAAAAUCUCCUGUUUUUCAGUUUUCUCGUUCAAAUUCUAUUGACAUUCCCAGAUACUGAUUUUUUCUUCGGAUUUACAAUCUGGUUUCCUUUAACAAGGAGAAGAAAAUACAGUCUGAUCCAUGAGUUACUCUGGAGCAAGCAGUCUUCUCCAGAGCAAGACCUCUGUCACUGUGUGCAUACACUCAUCCUUAAAGGAUAUGGAGGCAAGGGAUGGAGGAGCUGGACAGAGAGUUAGCUCUAUCUUCUCUUUAAACCAAAUGAAAGUGUUUUAUUCUUCUUUUUUUUUUUU